UGCACGUGUUACACCAAAUCCAUUUUGAUUUUUGUUCUUUUUCUACGGAUUACCGUCACCGACGAGACAAACCAAAAUGAGCGCAGAUUUAUCCUCCACCAUUCCCGAGUUCCGAUCUCCAUUGGCAAAAGAAGAAUCCAGUUAUACUUCCGGCCUUGCAGGCUUUUAUUUAUAGCUGGACUUCUUUUUUGUUCCGAUUAUAAUGCAGCUACUCGUGGAUGGAGAUCCUACUAGCUUGAGUUAUUGGCUGAAUUGGAGGGUGCUGCUCUGUGCAGUAUGGGUCCUCACGUCUAUGAUUGUAGCGAUACUGCUAAUUUGGAAGUAUGAACGUUCAGAAGAUUUGGAAUCUGAUGGUGAAACUUCACGUAUUCCACGCUAUGAUGAUUUGUGGAAGCCUUGCGUAAAAGAAAUACACCCCAUAUUUAUGAUGGCCUUUCGGAUCAUUGCUUUCUGUCUGCUUCUUGUGGCUUUGAUCAUCGAUGUUUCAGUGCAUGGGUUUGAGUUAUUUUUAUAUUAUACUCAGUGGACUUUUACAUUAGCCACAAUCUAUUUCGGGCUUGGGUCGUUGAUUUCUAUGCAUGGAUGUUACCAUUACCUCCAAAGAAAUAGCACUAAGUACCAUUUACCCACGGAUGUGGAACAUGGUUUAGAUGUUCCCCUUGCACAUGGAAAGAAUGGAAAUGGAAUCAGAUUGUCGGGAAUUUCGAGCUAUUUAGGAAAAUCACAUGAUUUGCCCAAUCAUCGCUUUUGGGGAUUUUUGUUUCAAGUUUUGUACCAGAUGACAGCAGGGGCAGUAACAAUCACAGAUGUCGUCUACUGGGGUGUUAUAUUCCCAUUUAUGACCCUCAGAGAUUAUGAGAUGAAUUUGUUGACAGUGGUAACACACUCACUCAAUGCUAUCUUCCUUCUCGGAGAUACGGCUUUAAAUCGUCUGCCAUUCCCAGCUUUCCGGAUUUCGUACUUCAUUUUGCUGACAGGUGUAUAUGUCAUCUUCCAGUGGGUAUUUCAUGCCUGUGUCUCAACUUGGUGGCCAUACCCUUUUCUUGACCUUUCAUUACCAUAUUCUCCAUUGUGGUAUUUGAUAGUGGCACUAAUGCAUCUCCCAUGCUAUGCUUUUUAUAUGCUGAUUGUGAAAGUAAAGCAGAUGGCGCUAUCCAGAUGGUGUUCUGAUUCACUCUGGGUAGAGUGAAAGAAAAUCAUGUCUUCCAUAUUUGUGUUUUCUUCUGCUUCAAAGGUGUUCUUGAAUUCGGGGGCCAAUGGUGAGGUGAAAUGUGUAAGGAAAGAUGCAUAAUUUUGAACAGAACAGCGGCACAUUGCAAGUGUGUGUGUUGGUUGGUCUGUGAGACAUGACAUGACAUGGCUGGGUUUUGAUGAACAUUGCUCCGUUUGGUUUGUCUAUUGCUCUUA